AUGGGUGUGUCUGUAUCAAAAACUUUAGCCAAGAUCUUUGGCAAUAAAGAAAUGCGUAUUUUAAUGCUUGGUCUAGAUGCGGCAGGAAAAACAAUGACGACUAUUCCAACUGUUGGCUUUAACGUGGAAACAGUUACAUAUAAAAAUGUUAAAUUUAAUGUUUGGGAUGUAGGUGGUCAAGAUAAGAUUCGACCAUUGUGGCGUCAUUAUUAUACAGGAACUCAAGGACUUAUAUUUGUGGUAGAUUCACAAGAUCGUGAUCGAAUUGAUGAAGCUAAACAAGAAUUGCAUCGAAUUCUUUCUGAUCGUGAAAUGAAAGAUUGUUUAUUAUUGGUAUUCGCCAAUAAACAAGAUUUACCAACCGCAAUGUCACCUACUGAAGUAACUGAAAAAUUAGGAUUACACCGUAUGAAAGAUCGAGCCUGGUAUGUUCAUCCUUCAUGUGCUACAACUGGAGAAGGUCUUUUUGAAGGAUUGAAUUGGUUAAGUCAGAAUACUAAGAUGAAAUAA